GUGGACAUUGACACACUGCCCUUUCGAAGGAAACAGUGUAUCGAGUUCUUUCGUGCCCAGCCAGUGGACGAAGAGACGGAGAAACUGGUGGCGCAGCUGGAACGUCUGGACAAGCGUCUGAGCUGCGUGGAAUUGCGCUCCUCCUGCAAGAUCCAUCUAGGCCGACUGCAUGGCACAAAGUCUGUGGUGAACGGCCUGCCGCGACGCCGGCUCAACAUCGCCGGUCCCACCUUCUCGCACAUUGCGCUCGCCCUAGGCAUGCUCGAGAGUAUGUUCCCUCGCAUCAUGUGCAAUGCCUACUACCCCUACAAACUGCCUGCCAGGGCCAGUAUGCGAUAUCAGUCAGGCAAUCGAAUGGCCAGCACGUCUACCUACUACGCGUCUCAUGAGCCCAGCAACAUGGGCCUGCGUGCCCAGCUAGAUGAUGGACCGAUCAACAAGAGUAAAGCCAUGAGGAUGCUGUGCAGGCGGUCGGGCUUUCCUUCGCACGGCUAG